UAAAAUCCUUAAACUCAUAUCAAAAUUAUGGGUAGCUACAAGAAAGAAAAGAAAGACUACAGCGAUCAACAAAUCAACGGUAACAAUGGAGGAGAUACUACUUACCGCUACAAGAUGUUUGUUUUCAAAAGGAAGUUCAAAAUACCGGAGCCGGAGCCACCGCUGGACGUUAAACGUGAGUUUUUGAAAUAUUCAUACGACUGUCUUCACAUGGACCCUGAUGGGCUCCAUCGUUUUUUCGUUGAGCACCAAGGCGACGUCGACCUCACCAUUUCUCAAGCUCAAGAUAUUAUUAAAAGUCUUAUUCGUAGUAGAGAUAAUGUGACUAGAUAUACUCUACGUGGACUCACCCUCGAUGAUUUCUUUUAUUUUCUCUUGUUUGAUGACGAGUUUAAUGGCCCUAUCAAACUCCAGGUACACAACGAUAUGACUGCUCCAUUGUCGAAUUAUUUCAUAUAUACAGGCCACAAUUCUUACCUAACUGGGAAUCAACUGAGCAGUGAUUGCAGUGUGGUUCCAAUUGUAAAGGCAUUGGUACGAGGUGUCAGAGUUAUUGAAUUAGAUUUAUGGCCUAAUUCUAACAAAGAUGAUAUUAAUGUUCUUCAUGGAAGGACCUUGACCGCUCCAGUGUCACUUAUUAAAUGCUUGAAGUCCAUUAAAGACUAUGCUUUUUCUACUUCUCCAUACCCAGUGAUUAUAACUUUAGAAGAUCAUCUUCCUCCAGACCUUCAAGCUAAAGUUGCAGAGAUGCUGAAUCAAGUAUUUGAUAAAAUGCUGUAUUAUCCACAAUCAGAAUCCUUAACAGAAUUUCCUUCACCAGAGUCAUUGAAAUACCAGAUUAUCAUCUCCACAAAACCACCAAAAGAGUACCUUGAAAAAGAAAAUGGAGUUGUCACAAUGAAUAGAUUAAAUAAUUUAAAGGGUUCAUUUAAAGAACGAGCAUCACAAGAAAAUGGAGUUGUCACAAUGACUAGAUUAAAUAAUAUAAAGGGUUUAUGUAACGAAGAAGCAUUACUAGAAUUAGAAUUAGGUGAUGACAGUGAUCCAGAUGAUUUUGAAGUAAGUGAAAGUUGUCCCAAUAAGGAUAGCCAACUAGCAGUGGCUCCUGAAUACAAAAGUCUAAUUACCAUUCAUGCCGGAAAACCAAAGGGUCACUUAAAGGAUGCACUAAAAACUGCUAUUCAAGUUAAACGUCUUAGCUUGAGUGAGCAGGAACUUGAGAGAGCCGCCGUCUCUCAUGGAACUGAUGUUGUAAGGUUUACACAGAAGAAUAUAUUGAGAGUAUAUCCAAAGGGAACCCGAGUGAACUCCUCAAAUUAUGAACCACUUGUUGGAUGGAUUCAUGGGGCUCAGAUGAUUGCAUUUAACAUGCAGGGAUAUGGGAAAUCUCUCUGGAAGAUGCAUGGCAUGUUUAGAGCUAACGGCGGGUGUGGUUAUGUGAAGAAACCAGAAUUUCUAAUGCAGGAGGGUCCCUGUGAAGAAGUAUUCGAUCCUAAAAGACCAUUGCCAGUAAGAAAGAGAUUGAAGGUGAAAUUAUACAUGGGAGAUGGAUGGCGCUUGGAUUUUAGCCAGACACACUUCGACAAGUACUCACCGCCAGACUUUUACACAAAGGUUUGCAUUGUUGGGGUGCCAGCUGAUAAAGCCAAAAGGAAAACAAAGAUAAUCGAGGAUAACUGGUGCCCAGUUUGGAAUGAAGAAUUUACAUUUCAUCUAACAGUUCCAGAACUGGCUCUUCUCCGAAUCGAAGUCCGAGAAUACGAUCUUUCGGAAAAGGAUGAUUUUGGUGGGCAAACAUGCUUGCCCGUCGUAGAAUUGAAACCAGGAAUCCGAUCAGUCCCACUUCAUGAUAAAAAGGGAGAGAAACUCAAAUCUGUAAGGCUCCUAAUGGGGUUUGAAUUUGUAUAACUCUUGUAGUGUAUAACUCUUUUAAGUUAUCCAAUCCCAGGAUAUAAUUUUCAGUACUAUAAUUUCCCCCUGGGCCUUGAAGAAACAGUUGAUGUUUCUGUUUGUUCUUGAUGAUAAUUUUGCUUUAUA